UGUCGGACAGGACACUAGGGUUCAAUCCCCGGCAGGUGUUCUCGAUCAAAUAUAUUAUUUUUAUCUAUGUUAUUGGUAUCAAGCACAAAUAGCUUAGUUAUGUUCAAAUUUCUAAUUCCAUUAACGACAAAUGAACAUUUUUCCCCGUUGCCAUGAUAAUCGCGUUAUUUCCGUCCCAAUGAUGACGGUGUCUCGCGCUCCAGCUUAACUCAGGUAUAACUUGAUUCAGAACUGAGUUACUUAGUUGAUGAUCUGAAACCAAAAACCUGGAGUAUCACAGUUGGGUAUGUAUAUUCAGAGUAUCUGCCUUCUACUCGGAGCUUGUUGACCCUGCUUUCUGAAACAGGGCCCUGUUUUUAUACAGUGGACAGCAAUGGUCCUAGAAAACUACCUAGGUAAUUUUCUAGGACCAUUGCGGAGUAGAUAGUUACUGUCUAGCUAGCACCUAGGUGCUAGCUAGACAGUAACUGCCUGCGGACUACACUUCCCACACACCCCUGCGGGACCGUCCUCUUUCCCAAAACGUUGCUGUGUGAGUUCGGGUCGGAUUGAUUUACCAUCCGGAUCGUCAUGGAGGUGACUGCGGUGCGUCGCUCGUUUCUUUGCGACAUUGGUUCCUGGGCAGACCGUACGGCGUUGCAUGAAGCUGCGUCCCAGGGCCGGGCCCUCCAGCUGAAGCAGCUCAUAGAGAGUGGGGCCUCUGUCAACAUGGUGACCGUGGAUAACAUCACACCGCUCCACGAAGCCUGCAUUCAGGCCCGUCCCAACUGUGCCCGCCUCCUGCUGGAGGCCGGAGCUCAGGUAGACAUCCGGACCAUCCAUGGCAGCACGCCUCUCUGCAACGCCUGUGCUGCUGGCAGCCUGGAGUGUGCCCAGCUGCUCUUGGAGUACGGCGCCACGGUGAACCCAUCGCUCACGGCGCUGACUGCAUCUCCGCUCCAUGAGGCCUGCAUCCAGGGUAAUGCUGAGGUGGUGAGGCUGAUGAUAACCAGCGGCGCCAAGCUGGAAGCCUUCGACGUCCACUUUGGUCCUCCGCUUCACAUAGCAUGUGCUAAAGGUCACGUGGAGUGUGUCAAGGAGCUGCUGAAAGCAGGUGCCAAUGUAAAUUCAGUGAAUUUUCAUGAGACCUCUUUGCACCACGCUGCUCGAGCCCACAUGGUGGACAUGAUCGAGCUGUUGGUGGAAUUUGGAGCCAAUGUGUACGCCAGUGACGGUCUCGGAAAGAAGCCACUCGACUACACGACGCCGGCCUCUCCCUCUUACGCCUGCCUCCAGUUUUAUGAAAGUAAUCCUCUGAACCUUCAGCAGCUUUGCAGGAUUGUUUUGAGGAGGAUGCUGGGUACCAAAGCCUCAGAGUUGAUGGACCAGCUGAACAUCUCCCGACGCAUCUACGACUACCUCCAGUUCAGUGGAUAGGAUAGAAUCUCUCCUAUCCACUGAAAGUCUUAAAAACAAAGUGCCUGAAAUAACUGUAUUCUGUCCAAAUAUGUCAUGUACACUUAUUGGGAUUGUUGUUAAAUAUGUUUGAGGAAAGAAACUUAAUAUAAAUGUAAAAUUUAUAUUAGUAGCAUAAUCUCACUCUAGAAACAAUUGUUAAACAAUCCAAAUUUUAGAUGAUUACAUCAGUUUUAAACAUUACUUCGUGGAAUGUACUUGAUUUCAAGUACUUAAUCUAUACAAAACACUUCAUCUCAAUAUGAAGAAGUAGCAA